AUCCAUUUGUUUUAUUUCUUGCAGUUGGAACGUUUGUCCGUGGUCACGUGGAGCGGAUACGGAAGCCGUCGCGUUGGGAACGGAAGCUAAAGCUGUAAACAAACGGAACGACAGAGAGCAACAGGACACAAUCCACACAGCUGACACACAAACAUGUUUAAGAACACAUUUCAAAGCGGGUUCUUGUCAAUUCUUUACAGCAUUGGCAGUAAACCUCUUCAGAUAUGGGAUAAGAAGGUGAGGAAUGGUCACAUUAAGAGAAUCACAGAUAAUGACAUCCACUCACUGGUGUUAGAGGUGGAAGGAACAAACGUCAGUACCACCUAUAUAACAUGUCCUGCUGACCCCAAGAAGACACUGGGCAUCAAGCUUCCUUAUCUGGUUAUGAUCAUCAAAAACCUCAAGAAGUAUUUCACCUUUGAGGUCCAGAUGAUAAAAAUGUUUCGCCGGCGAUUCCGUGCGAGUAACUAUCAGAGCACGACCCGAGUGAAGCCGUUUAUCUGCACUAUGCCCAUGAGACUAGACGACGGAUGGAACCAGAUCCAGUUCAACCUGUCCGACUUCACCAGGAGAGCAUAUGGGACCAACUAUAUCGAGACGCUGCGAGUACAGAUUCACGCCAACUGCCGCAUUAGAAGAGUGUAUUUCUCAGACAGACUGUACUCAGAGGAUGAGCUGCCGGCAGAGUUUAAACUCUACCUGCCCGUCCAGAACCAGAAGGCCAAGCAGUAGAAGCUGGAGCCUGGAGUCCCCUGACCUGAUGUGGUGUUGAGCUCUAACGUGUUCACUUUAAACAUAUAUGUUGACUUCGAAAUAUGUUUUUUUUUUGUUUUGCCCUCGUAUGUUGCUUUGUACGCAAUAAAUUUUUUUUUCUACUGCA